GGUUACAUCAACCCCGGGAAAAUUAACUUGGCUUCCGAAACCCAUUGAGUAGCACUGGUGUAAGACAAUAUCUACUCUACUAGUAGUCAUUUUACCUGGUGUAUUUUUUAUUGUAGUCCACCCUUCUAACAGCUUGGGCGAUAUCCGUGAAGUUUCUCCCUGUGUAGCUGUAGCCCUCGGUCUAUUAUAAAUCAAACUUAUUGGUUAUCAGAUAAUUUAUAGGAAAUGUUUAAUGAAACAAGAUAUAUUCUGGUGAAUUAAGUUUUAUAAAUUUCCUUGUACUUUACACUCGCUUUUGAGUUUUCCUCCUAUUAGAACUCGUAAUGAUCACCAUAUAUACGAAUAUAAGUAGAAACACCUCUGCUGACGUAAAUAAGUGACAGGCUUUCGGAGGUAUUUAUUUUCCUCUGUAUGUAUGUAUGCAUGCUGCAACUGUGACUUUUCCCCAAACAUUUUGUAGGGUUAAGAGUCCAGUAAACUUAAUUUUCCGAACAGAUCUAGAUAAAGUUAUAUAUGGACUCGUUCACUCAUAAUACAGAAUGAUGAGAAAGUGUUGAAAGCUGGAGACGUUUUAGCGAUCAUAGUGAUCUUGUCUAAUUAUACUGUAAGUAAUGAUGUCAAAUAGACUACAUCUUGAAGUUUAAGCUUACUUCAUUAUUCUGUGAGGUAGUUAAUCUAAAACAACUAAGUCUUUAAAGUUGGUAGCGUUUAUCAUGGUAAGGUAAGUAACCUGUAGUAUCACAUAGGUUGGUAGUCUAGUUUACAUUUUACAUUGCUCAUUAAAGCGUAUAUAUAUGUAUAUAUACCAGGAACGUAUUAUGUCCAGAAGAAAGUCUACUGGUCAGAUAUUCACCUUUCAACAAGCUCCUAGAUAUAGACACCAGCAUCCUAUAAUUCCCGCAUCUCUUCACCUUAAGAUCGCAUUUAACCACUGCGGUCGAGAGUAGUUGUGGCAAAGCUUAAAUGUAGUAGGAAUGUCUAGAAAAUAUUAAUGGGAGCAAUGUCCUCAAACUCCUACUGCUAUUUAAGAGGCUAUGAGUGAUUUACAUUUGGUGUUGACAACCAGUGGCGCACAGUCAUGGUCUGCACAUAGUUCUUUUAUGGACACUACUAGAUUUGACUCUCCAUUAUGGAUAAGAUUUUAUUUUGAUAAAUCAUAGUGUUAUACAGUAGAUUUGACUCUGGCAACUCAAGAAUCAACUCGCUACUGACAAAGAACUCUCAUUAAAUUAUACACACAAUAUAGGGCUUUAAGUGUGAACGAUAAAGAAUCUGUUUCCUGCCCAGUUGAAGUAAGAUUCUGAGUGUGUUUCGCACUCAUUUUCCACGCCUAACAGGUGUGAGAGGUGGUCUUAACUAACUCUUACCGGUGAAUUGUAUCAAGUUUGGUCUACUAGCGGGUAACGAAGUUUUAUCGUAAAGGAAGCAAUGGUUUUUCUCGGUAGUCGCCAAAUUUUGUCAUCCUUGAUAUUGGUGUCGCCCGUUUAUCAGUACUUUAUAACUGUGUUAUAUCAAAUAAAGUUAGGUGACGUAUUACUUUAUGGGCAUCUUGUUUGUAUUCUACAGUUUCAAGUCCAUUCAGCUUUUUUGUGUUUAUGAACGAAUCUAUCACAACAGACCUACGCUGUAGUAAAUGUCUUCAGCUCUCAGCUGCUUCGCUUUCGUUGAUUAUUUAUUUCUUCAAAGUCAGCAACAGCUUUAUUGUUAUCACUAUCACCACUACUAUUUAUUCUUCGCAUUCUGAGUGUUAUGUAAGGUUUCACUAGCACAUCUCCAUUUCACUGCGUUUUGACCGUCACAUUCAUUUGGCACCACGACUGCCCAUAAGCCUCAUUCCCUUAUCACAUGAUCUUAGUGCUACUCUCGGACACUCAAAUUGUCGCUUUUCACUCAGGUUCCACCCAAGGGCUUGGCGUGUCAUUCACCAGUGUUCACACAGUAUGCGCAGUCUAUCUUUAUUUCCUUCAACAUAAUUGGGGGGUAAUAGGUUGUCGAUUAAUUCAACGCUUGUUACUGGUUGCUUAUCAUUCCCCUUCAGCCACCUGUUCUUCACUGUAGACCCUGCAAAGGUAUCUAUUAAUGAGUCUGUGGGUUUUGGUGGCGCGAGCGUCAAACAUCUGAUUUGAAUUAAAACACUGACUUGACGUUCAUGUAUACGAUUGGGAUAUUGUCUUAUGUUCUGAGUGCAGUAUAUUUCCCCACUGAAUUCAGAGCAAUAAGCACGUCUUGCUUUUCCAAUCCGGUGCUGGUAGGCUUUGAAGUCCUCAUUAAUGUCACCUGCAGCUGAGAUGGUGCUACUUAUGUAAGUGAAAGAGAUGACUUGCUUUAAAUUUCACUCUUUUACAAUAUUUGGUGUUUGUUGUAGUUGAUCAAGCAUCUUCACUGCCUCUACGUUAAGCUGAAUUCCUGCCUUUGCUACCCUUCCUGCCAGCUUGCUGAAAGGCGUUUCUAUACCUCCGAGUUUGUGUGAUUUGGAACAAGUCACCUGCAAAAUUUAGAUCCACUAAAGUCUUUUCGUCUAACUUAUCUGUUUCUCCUCACUCUCCAUGGCAUAAAAAGUUCAUAAUAAAAUCGUAGUAAAUUAGCCUGUGCGUUUCAUUGUCUCAUUUAUUACCAUUUGGGCUCAUCCUGUGUCCUUAUUGGAUUGUUCACACCUAGCAAUUGUGGUUUUUUAUAUACUACUCUUUCUUUUGCACACUUUUUCAUGACUUAGCAAAUGGAUGAAGAACUCAAUGAUUCCGAUAUAUCGCUGGACGAUUCAAUACAUUCUGGCGAAAAUGACGAGCUUGUAAACUUGUUAGAUGUCCCGUAUACUAGUACCGAGCCACGUGAAGAGGACUCAUUAGAAUAUGAGAUAUUGCAUCCUAAUCAACUAUCACAACUAAUGUCUGAUAUUACUAAAGAAGUUGAACAAAUAAUCCAAAUUGCCCCAACAUAUCUAAGGUUGUUACUAGCUCAUUUCAAGUGGGAUAAAGAUGCGCUGAUGGAAUUUUAUUUUGAACAUGGGAAGGCCCAUACAUUUUCUCAAGCCUCAAUUAUAGAUCCUAUGGAUAUUCCGGAGACGAGUAAUCAUACAAAAACAAAUGAAAAGAAAACUGAAAUGUUCUGUGAUAUAUGCUAUCUUCCAGCAACUCCCAGUCAAAUGUAUGGGUUGUCUUGCGCUCACUACUUCUGCUUGAGUUGUUGGCAGCGUUAUCUCAAAAUAAAAAUUAUGGAAGAAAGCCAAAUCGAUCGAAUUUAUUGUCCUUCAACUAGUUGUCGAGUACUUGUUGAGGAUGAAAUAGUCUUUCAAAUGAUUACAGACCAAAAUGUACGCAAGCAUUUUCAUAAACUGAUAUCUAAUAGCUUUGUUUGCCACAACCGUUCACUGACUUGGUGCCCAGGAGUUAACUGUGGUCACGCUGUGCGUUGUUUCGGCCCACGUGAACCAUAUCAGAUCACGUGUACAAAUUGUGCUGAAUGUUUCUGCUUUGCUUGCGGUCAGCCAUGGCAUGAUCCAGUUCGUUGUGAACAGUUGAAAACAUGGAUUAAAAAACUGGAAAAUGAUAGCGGUACACUUGGGUGGAUUGCAGCUAAUACAAAGGAAUGUCCAAAGUGUCAUGCUACUAUAGAGAAAAAUGGUGGCUGUAAUCACAUGACCUGUCGAAAUGUAGAUUGCAAGCAUGAGUUUUGUUGGAUGUGUUUAGAUCGUUGGGAACCACAUGGAUCACGGUGGUAUACAUGCAAUCGCUAUGAUGAUUCCGCUGCCAAGCUGGCAAGGGAAGCUCAAGCCAGUUCUAGGUUAUCACUUGAUCGUUAUCUCUUUUACUCAAAUCGUUACUUAAAUCAUAUGCAGUCCUUGAGAUUCGAAGCUCGUCUCUACGAAACAGUGCAAAGUAAGAUGGAGUCAAUGCAAGCACAUGGAACAUCUUGGAUUGAUGUUAAGUUCUUCAGGAAGCUAGUCGAGAUUUUGUGUCGUUGUCGUAGGACAUUGAUGUACACAUAUGCUUUUGCCUACUUCUUGAAAAAGAAUAAUCAUUCAUUAAUAUUUGAAAGUAAUCAAAGUGAUUUAGAACAGUCUACAGAACAAUUGUCAGAAUAUUUAGAUCGUGAUCUCUCCAACAUCAGUUUAAAUGAAUUAAAACAGAAAAUGCAAGAUAAAGCCAGGUAUUGUGAAAGUCGUCGACACGUUCUAUUGGAUCAUGUACAUGAGGGUUACGAUAAAGGAUUUUGGGAACAGUCAGAUAUUUGUUGAUAUGUAUAUAUAUAUAUAUAUAUA